GCAUACCAGAUCGAGGACUCGUACGACGCCACCAACUUCUUUGACGGAUUCGAGUUCUACUCGGGCCCUGACCCCACCGAGGGCUUUGUCCGCUACCAGACCGCUCUGGAAGCCAAUGCAUCAUCUCUCGCAGGCUACGCCAACGGUGGCGUCUUCCUCGGCGUCGACCACCAGACCGGCAAUGUCGGGUCGCCCGGCCGGGCAUCGACCCGGGUCAACACCAAAAAGACAUACACGCGCGGCCUCUUUGUCGCCGACAUUGCACACAUGCCGAGCUCGACUUGUGGCGUUUGGGCAGCCUUCUGGUCCUUUGGCGAUCCCUGGCCGUCCGCAGGCGAGAUCGACAUCAUCGAGGGCGUCAACCGCGACACGUCGACCCAGUUCACCCUGCACACGGCCUCGGGCUGCACCUUUUCUAGCCAGGGUGACUGCAACGCCCCCGGCGACGGCACAAAGGGCUGCUCCGAGCCAGGCUUCGACAACCCCCAGUCCUACGGUGACGGCUUCAACGCUAUUGGCGGCGGCGUCUUCGCAACCGAAUGGACCAGCGACGCCAUCCGCAUGUGGUUCUUCCCGCGCACAAAGGGCAUCCCCGCGGACCUGGCGUCCGGCCAGCCGAACCCGGCCUCGGCAAGCUGGGGUCGUCCCGCCGCCGAGUUCGCCUCCGCGCCGGGCGGGAGCUGCGACAUUGACAGCCACUUCCGCGAGCACCGGCUCGUCUUCAACACGGCGCUCUGCGGGCAGUGGGCGGGCAAGGUGUUUGGGCAGGACCCGCAGUGCGCCAGACUCGCGGGCUCGUGCGAGGAGUUCGUCGCCCAGAACCCGGGGGCGUUCAAGGAGGCGUACUGGCUCAUCAACUCGGUCAAGGUGUACUCGCGG